CGCCAUCUCUCUUCCAGAAUCAAAUUCUAACACGCUUAUUUUCUUCCAUCACAUCUUCUCUGUCACCACUUCUCGACGGAAAACAAAAAAUCAUGCCUUCUUCACUCUCUCCAGCACCAUGCCAGCAAUCGCAAUACAUCGAAACUCUCUUAGACUCUGCACGUCCCUUCCUUCGCGGCGAGCUCCACAAGGUCGAUGACAACCUGCCUUCUCUUGUCGCUCUUUUGCGCUCUGUUGGUGCGGGUGAGUGCUGGCACAAGCAUGGCAGUUUUCUGGACCAUCUGGUUGACAUUUACCGCAUUCUUAAGAUAUGGAAUGCACCGGAUUCUGUCUGUCUUUGCGGUCUCUUUCACUCUGCCUACUCCAACUCUUAUGUAAACCUCGCUAUCUUCGAUCCUUCUACGGGUCGAGAUGUUGUCAAAAGUUAUGUUGGUGAGGCCGCUGAGCGUUUGAUUCACUUGUUUUGUAUUGUCCCAAGGCAGUCUUUGAUCCAUGACGAUCUUCUCUUCACAUAUUCUGAUACCGAGCUUCUCGACCACCUCCGGUUUUCGGAGAUUUCAUUGAAGAAUGCGAGGGAGAAGGGAUUCUUCGACAAAGAAGAAGUUUGGAGGAAGAAAUUGACUUCAAUUUUACCUGAAACUGGGAUUGUAGUGAAGCAUAUAAAGACUGGAGAAGAUGUUCUGGUCACGAGAAGGAUGGUUGCCGUUUUCCUUUUGAUGACCGUAGCUGAUUUCAGUGACCAAUUAUUUGGUUUUCAAGAUAUACUGUUCGAUAACUUCGAUGGGCGGCUUGAAUUUUCAGGGAACAAUCAUGUCGCUCUGUGGCCUGGAGAUGGAAAGCCUGGGCUGUGGAUGAAUUCAAUAUCCAGGAUGGGGGCGAUUUACAGUUUGAUAGUUAGGGAGGAAGAGAUUUUAAUUGAAGAGAGGAGAUGGGUUGGUGAUGUUGAGGUGAGAAAGGAGAGAGAUGAGGAGAUAAACCUUGUGGUACCUCCAGUUUUUGAGUUCUGCACUAGGGUUUUGGAUGCAAAGGAGCAGAUAGAGGCAAGGGACUUGUAUUGGGAAGGUGUUUGUGAUAUUAUGUCUAAGAGAGGGUUGGAAGGAGCCGAGGAUUUGUUGAUGAGGUGUAUUGAGAAAAACCCAUUUGUUGGAGAGCCGCAUGUGGUGCUGGGUCAAGUUUAUUUAUCACAAGGAAAAUUUGAAGAGGCUCAGAAAGAGGCCGAGAAGGGGUUGACCCUGUUGUUGGAGUGGGGUAGUCCUUGGGACAAGAGGAUGUCGUGGGAAGGGUGGAUUGCUUGGUCUAGGGUUCUUUUGAUGAAAGCUAAAGAGAAAUCAUGGCCACAAACUUCUUGGGGGAUCCUAAACUUAGGCCUUGUUAGAAGACCUGGUUAACCUUGCAUCAGGAAAGCUUUGAAGACAUGUAGUCUGUUCUUAUACAGUGUAUAGAGAUUGAGGGCUUGCCAUGGUUCUUUUUUAUUAGCUUGCCAGAUCAAAUGUGCAAUUCUGAGGUGAAGGAAGGUAGCAAUACAUGGGUAUUACAUGUAGUCUGUUCUUAUACAGUGUAUAGAGAUUGAGGGCUUGCCAUGGUUCUUUUUUAUUAGCUUGCCAGAUCAAAUGUGCAAUUCUUAGGUGAAGGAAGGUAGCAAUACAUGGGUAUUGCUUAAAAAAGCAAGAAAAUAUGCAGCCUUUGGUCCAAUGAAAUAAACAAGGAGUCUGUUAAGGGUCCUCAGACAGUAGCCUGUCCAGUAAUUUGUGUGAUGUGAUCUAAGAAAGCAACAUCUAAUACUUCUUUCCCUCUCUGCAA